UAUUUGUACCUUUAAAUAAUCUUCAAAUGGAUACGUAGUUAAAAUUUUGUUCGAGUUAUGGGAUAUUAUUCUAACUGUUCAUAAUAAACUAACAUUUUGUGUGAUUGAAUUGGAGUUUUUGAAAAUUUCCUCACGAAAUCAUUUACUAAUAUGAAUUUUUCAUCGACUGCAGAGGUAAAUGAUUGUGCUUUGCUAUUGAAAUGAUAUCGAAUGGUGUAAAGAUAGACCAAACUAUGUGGUUGAAUGAAACACUGUAUGGUUAAAGAUUGAUUAAAAUCAAAUAACUGCUGGCAGUAAAUUUAAGACAAAGCAGUGAGAAGAUUUGCCUCAUUCAAGCAUUAUAUAUCCAAUUGAAGUAGGAGUUAGAUUAAACGACAGUUACAGUUGACAAAGCUUUAAUAAUCGCUGCUUUACUUGACGGAAGUGGAACAAAACUUUAAACACCAACGGAUUUGGAACAAAACUUUAAACACCGACGGAAGUGGAACAAAAUUUUAACACCAUAGGAUUUGGAACAACAUUUUAAACACCGACUGAAGUGCAAUUAAACUUUUAACACCGAUGGAAGUGGAACAACACUUUUAACACCAGUCACACGAAAACAUAAAGUAUUGCAACUUCGAAAAGUGAAAAAGAAAGAAAAAACUAAGUUAUCACAUUUUAACUUAAAUGGAGUGAAUUUAUAAUCGGAAUUUAAAAAAAAAAUGCUCAAUAUGAACUUGUCCACUACCAUACCAGAGGAAUUUGGUCAUACGACAGUGAGUUCGGACAAUGGAACAAAUGGCACUGGACAUGCUGACCACAACGGUGGUCAUCCAUUGAUGGAAGAACAGUUAGCAUUUUUGAUAUUUUUGCUAGUGGUUACAACUAUUGGUAACUCCAUAGUUCUUGUAGCAGUGUCUGUAGCUAAAAAUAGAUCCAGAAUGACCUUCUUCAUCAUGCAUUUAGCUAUUGCAGAUUUGCUGGUCGGAUUAGUGAGUUUAAUGCCUGAUUUAAUAUGGCGACUGGCUGGACAGUUUUAUGGAGGCGAAGUACUUUGCAAAAUUGUUAAAUUUUCACAGUGCCUUGUCACAUACGGAUCAACCUUCGUCCUUGUUGCGUUAAGUAUUGAUAGAUUAGAUGCAAUAGCUAGACCAUUAGGAUUUUCCACAAGUAAAGCUAGAAAUAGGGUUCUUGUAACCACAGCUUGGCUAAUUGCAGCAGUGUUCUCAAUUCCUGCCGCUGUUUUAUUUAAGACAGACCAAUGCAUGAUGAAUUUACCAACAAUUGAUGAUUGGAAGAUUUAUGUGACCAUUAUUGCCUUUGCCGUGUUCAUUAUUCCAGCAAUAAUUAUAGCUUUUUGUUAUGGUAUUAUGGUAUAUAUUAUAGUCAGCAAGAAUUCUGCAUUGAUGGCGACAAUGAAAAAGAAGCAUGAAAGGAAACCGCUCUAUUAUAGACCAGAAUUAAAAAAUCAACGAAAGAAAGUUUCAAGUGUUCAACAUGAUUCUAGAGCCAGUUCCAGAGGAAUAAUUCCACAAGCUAAAAUCCGAACAAUAAAAAUGACUUUUGUUAUUAUUUUAGUUUUUAUUAUGUGCUGGAGUCCGUACUUUUUGUGGAAUUUACUCCAAGUGUAUGGACAUAUCAAUUCAAACCACACAAAUAUGAUGAUAACAGUAUUUGUUCAGAGUCUUGCACCACUUAAUAGUGCAAUAAAUCCAGUUAUUUAUGGAGUAUUUAGCACAAGAAUUUGCCGACAACUUAGACGAUUCAAAGCAGUAAAAGUAAUUUGUGAUAUAUUUCCUUUUUGUGCUGACCAAACUAAAAUGCCAUCCGAUCAUUCUACAAUGGUAACGGACAACACGUUUACAUUUCGACGUCAGAUUAUCUCCCCUAGCCGAUCCAUUUAUAGCCAAGGGGAAAGUUUUCAAAUGGAAACAUGUGACCUGAUAGCUAGUGUAUUGCCUGACAGAAAACAACCAGCUAUUAUACGAAACUAAACGAAUCAAUUCUUCCAUUUGUGCACAAAAAGAGUCUCGUUUCUUGCAUCAGGAACGCACAACGGCAUACUCUAAAAGCAAAAGAUGUAUAGUUGUUGCAAACGAACAUUUACACGGUCAUGGAGGUGGACUCGGAAAGUAAUUUAAAGUAAAAAAAAUAAUAAUAAAAUGGUAAA